CGACCCAAGGAUAUAGAUCGAGGAGCAAAGAGAGACCAGAAACUAGAAGUAGAUAGAUUGAGAGAGAGAGAGAAAAAGAGGGGUUGUGAUUGAGCCACUUUAAAGUGAGACGGACACAGCUCCCCCCCUCUUUCCUUUCCAUUCAUAGCCUCUCAAAAUAACAGAAAAUACAAACCAAAAAAAGUUGGAUACAAAUAAUCCGGCUUUUUUUCCAGCAGCAAUCUAGCGCCGCAGCGAAGGAGAAUCGAGGACGCCUUCAUCCAUCUCUCUCUUCUCCUUCGCUCCUUCUGACCCCCUCCCUAACCAGGGAGAUGGCGCUGUACGAGCCUAUCAAAGGUCACGAAGUUGAUGAGGAACACAGAAUGGCGGAUUCCGUGAUCCUCAACAACAGUAGCAAGAACGUCGACGAUGAUGAUGAUGUUGAGAUGGCUAUCCGGGUCUCCAAACUGAGAUCCGCCGCCCCUCCCAACGACGCCGUUUCCGUCGCCACCGCCUACAGUCACCCCGAGGCAACCUCAUUGCCCUGUUCCAAGGUGCGCCACCAACAACACCAUCAGCUACGGCUCGUUUCGCUCGACGUCUUUCGCGGACUUACGGUUGUGCUGAUGAUACUGGUGGACGAAGUUGGUGGACUUGUGCCUGCUAUCAACCAUGCACCCUGGAAUGGUUUGACACUUGCAGAUUUAGUCAUGCCAUUCUUCCUCUUUAUGGUUGGUGUUUCACUUUCCCUUGUCUACAAGAAAUUAUCAUGCAGGGCCAUUGCAACUAAAAAAGCAUUAAUAAGGGGGUUGAAGCUUCUAGCAUUAGGCCUGUUUCUUCAAGGUGGAUUUUUCCACGGCAUCAAGGAACUAACUUUCGGGGUCGAUAUUGCAAAGAUGAGAUGGAUGGGCAUUCUCCAGAGAAUUGCAAUAGGAUAUUUAGUAGCUGCAUUGUGCGAGAUUUGGCUAAAGGGUGAUGGUACUGUUAGUUCAGGAUCAUCUCUGCUCAAGAAGUAUAAACUUCAGUUGGUUAUGGCACUGAUGAUAACUGUGACAUAUCUAUUAUUAUUAUACGGCUUGCAUGUUCCUGAUUGGGAGUACCAAAUUUCUACUGGACCCUCCUCUGCACCAAAAACAUUUUCGGUGAAAUGUGGAGUAAGGGGUGACACAGGACCGGCAUGUAAUGCUGUUGGGAUGAUUGAUCGCAAGUUAUUGGGUCUUAAGCAUUUAUAUAGAAGACCAAUCUAUUCAAGAACAGUGCAAUGCAGUAUUAACUCCCCGGAUUAUGGGCCAUUACCUGCUGAUGCUCCUUCUUGGUGCCAAGCCCCUUUUGAUCCUGAAGGACUUUUAAGUUCAUUGAUGGCCAUUGUUACCUGCUUAGUUGGUUUGCACUAUGGUCACAUCAUUAACCAUUUUAAAGAUCACCGGAACAGAGUUCUGCACUGGACUAUCUCAUCCACGUCUCUCGUAGUCUUAGGCCUUGCCUUGGACUUAUUUGGUAUGCAUAUAAACAAGGCUCUCUACACAUUCAGUUACAUGUGUAUGACAGCUGGUUCUGCCGGCAUUAUCUUUGCUGGGAUUUACUUAAUGGUUGAUGUUUGUGGCUACCGGCGUCCAACUAUUGUGUUGGAGUGGAUGGGGAAGCACGCAUUGGCAAUUUUUGUUCUUGUAGCUUGCAAUCUCUUUCCAGUUAUUCUCCAUGGAUUCUAUUGGGGCAAGCCUCAGAAUAACAUUCUCACCUUAAUUGGAAUUGGAAAAUGAACUGACGGAGGCUAGUUCCUUGGGUUAUACAAGUUUGAGUUCGACUAAUUUUGUUGCAUUUGGAGACGAAGAGAGAUGAUUUGGAGUUUGGUCUUUUUGUAGAGGCGGCAUCACAUUCUCUCUCCCUCUUACUCUCUUCCAUGUAUUUAUUGGAGCUUCUGUACAUAAAAUGGUGCAGGCCUAACCUUUUACUAAUCAGGCUUGCAUUAAAAAAAGAAAUACAUGGAGAGAUUUGAAAUUGCUUGCGGUAUCUGUAAAUAGGAAGGAUUUCAAGGUAUACUUAUUAUUUGUACGAUUAUAUCAAAUAUUGCUUUGGUGCCACAUGCAUUAUCCCUCA